AUGUGGUAUUUCAGGGAGCAAUUAGUAGUUUAUGAAACACUAAUAUCAAAAGUUGUUCUCGUCUUUGUUUCAAUGACAGCGCAAUGGGGUUCUGUUAAAAAGUAUAAGAGUCAUCAACUAGCUCGUAAAUUGUUGCGUGUAAUAUGCAAGGAAUUAUCAAGUUCAAAUCUGUAUGAUAUUCGGAGCAUACUGGGGGAUCCAACAUUUACAGCUGUUUUACAAGAGAAUGUGGAUUUUGUUAAAAUAGUUUUUGAAGAAUGCCCUGAGGUAAUUUUGUUGGAGUUCAAAGGAUUAUCCAUUAUUAGUCAUGCGAUCUCAAAGGGGCUUGAGAAAAUCUGUACUUUUGUUUUUAAAAGGAAUGAAAUGAACCUUUUACCAACCAUGCCUCCCGAUGGCAAAGGUAACACCCUCCUUCAUCAAGCUGCAAAGUUGUCACCGUCCCCUAAGCUUAGCCAGUUUCUUGGUCCAGCUCUACAAAUGCAGAGAGAGAGACAGCGAUUUAAGGAAGUGGAAAAGCUAACACCUAUGUUCAGAAAAUUAAGGAAUAAAGAUAAAAAAACUCCAGAAGAUUUAUUCAAAGAAACACACAAGGACCUCAAGAAAGAAGCACGAGACUGGUUGAAGGACAUAGCACAAUCUUGUUCAGUAGUGGCGACGUUAAUUGUGACCAUCAUGUUUACUGCAGCAUUUACUGUGCCAGGUGGCGAAAACGACGAUACAGGCCUUCCUAGGAAAUUGGGAUCAAAAUACUUCACCAUUUACAUAAUUUCAGAUGCACUCUCAUUGCUCUUCUCUUGUACUUCGGCUAUGAUAUUCCUAGGAAUUCAUACGUCGCUUUUCAGAGAAGACGAUUUCCUGUUCAAGUUGCCCCUCGCCUUGAUGUUUGGCCUACUCACUCUUUUCCUAUCAAUUGCAACAAUGAUGAUGGCUUUUGGUAUUGCCCUUUUCAUAAUGUUGCGGGAGCAUUUUAUGUGGAUCUCCAUACCCAUGCUUACGUUAGGAAGUAUUCCAGUUAGCAUUUAUGCUAUACUACACGUUCGAAUAUUCAUUCACGUCUUCCGUUCGACAUUUCGAAGCUACGUAAAUUGA